AUGCUUUUUUCUUUGAUGAACCCUACUCGCAGCAUGUGCCUGGCGCGAUUAUGGCUGUUCGUAAAUCACAAAAAGGGCCAACUGAUGAGUCCUGAGCGGCUGGCGGAACGGGGGGCCUUGGCGAGAAAGCUAAAGAGCAAAAAGGCAAAAAAAGGCAGGGGGUUUCCCCGCAGCUACGGGGGCAAUCUGCGCAUGACUGCCGGCCGUAUCAAGUAA